UUAACAAAUAGAAUAAAUUUUAUUGUCCAUCAUAAUGAUAGCAAGUGACCGUAGCGUCGUAUGUACGUGUAAAUUUUUUAUCUCGCCCUUAAAAAUGUUAAUAUUUUAAAAUUAGUUUUUUGAAACUGCUAAUUUAUGAAAGUGAUCGAAAGUUGACUCUAUGAAGGAUUUCGGCUCAAAAUUGGUGCUCAGAAAUACAUCCGAAAACGUAAUGAUAAAGCUCGUCAGGACCAAAGCCUGCUACCCCCACUGAGUGCCGCCGCCCCAUCCCCGUCGCACCAAAUAACUGCCUUUUUUCCUAUAAGCGCCGAGCCAAAUACCAGUCGUCUCGUACAUAGAAUGGUAGAAGGUGAACCACCUUUAAAACACACGGAAAAUUGUGAUGUAAAAGACGAACGUGUCUUAAACGGCUGCGGAUCCAAAGAUCUUGAGCUCAAAGACGUACCACCACCAUACCAUAAAAACAGCUUGCCAAAGAACUUGGCCGAUGUAGAAAAAGGAAGCAUCGAAAAAGGAAGCAGUGACAAGGCUGACUUCGAAAGAGCCAUCGAGUUAACUAAAUAUGGCAAAUUCCACUACUUACUGCUAGCGAUAUGCGGUUUCGUGAGCACUUCGGAGGAGAUGGACGUCAUCUCGAUGUCCUUCAUCCUACCGGCAGCUCAGUGCGAUCUCAAUCUGAACACGCAAACCAAGGGAUGGCUCAACUCCAUCAUCUUCAUCGGGAUGAUGGCUGGGGCCUACAGCUGGGGUUCAGUAGCGGACGCGAUUGGGCGUAAAAAGGUGCUCAUUGUAAGUUCCUUCAUGAACGCCGUAUGCAUAGUGGCUUCCAGCUUUAGCCAGUCAUACGAAUGGUUCAUGUUAUUCAGAUUUUUAAACGGGGCGGCACUCGGGGGUAGCGGGCCAGUAAUCUGGCCCUAUUUUGCGGAAUUCCAGCCCAAAGCCAAAAGAGGUUCCAUGCUUUCGUUCAUGGCUGCUUUCUGGACUUUGGGCAACCUGUUCGUGGCAGGUCUUGCAUGGUUAAUCAUACCAGCUGAAAUUGAUCUGACGACUCAACACUUUGUUUACAACUCAUGGAGAAUCUUCUUACUUGUUAUGGCGUUACCAUCUUUCAUCGUCGCCAUUUUGCUUUGCUUUUUGCCAGAAAGUCCGAAAUACUUGUUAACUAGAGGCAAAAGCGAAGAAGCCAUUGCAAUUUUCAAGCAUAUUUAUCAUAUUAACACCGGUAAUCCAGCUGAAGAAUAUCCGGUAAAACAUCUGAUCUUAGAAGAAGAAUAUCAAAAGGCUAUUGAAGAAGAUGCUCUACAAAAAGCCAAAAAGGGAAAAUACCUCAGUAUGUUAACCGACAUUAUCGAUAACAGCAGACAACUUUUUGUAUCGCCAAUUCUGAAAUUCACCUUAAUUUCCAUCACCAUCAAUUUUACUUUCCACAUCGGUUAUUACGGACUCAUGAUGUGGUUCCCAGAAAUGUUCAACAGAUUUGACGCGUAUGGAAGAUAUACUAACGAAACAGCGUCGGUGUGCCAAGUCGUCGAAUACAUCACAUCUGCCGGACUUCAAGACCAUGGCAGCCCGGUAUGCGACAGAAAAAUCAGUCAAGAAGUGUUUAUGGAAUCGUUGAUUACGGUGGCUUCGGCCCUGCCAAGCAAUAUCAUAGCAGUACUUGGUAUGGACAGAUUAGGCAGAAAAUUUUUUUUGGUGUUCAGUACCCUUUCGUCUGGAGCAUGCGCAGCAUCUAUGUACUUUGUGCGCAAUAAAACUCAAAACUUGGCAGUAUCGGCGACGUUUAGUAGCGUUAUAUCAUGUGGUAAUGCGGCUCUCGAUUGUCUGAUCACAGAAAUUUUCCCAACCAAUCUCAGGGCAACAGGUAUUGCUAUAUCUAUGGUAGCAGCUCGUCUCGGUGGUAUCAUUGGUAACAUCGUGAUAGCAACGCUGCUAGAUAUGUAUUGUCCGGCUCCUACAUUUAUAGUGGCGGGACUUCUGAUCGGAGGUGGUCUCCUAUGUUUAUUCCUACCGAACACAACACGCGAACCUUUGGCUUAAUACCAUAUUUUAGCUUCAAUGUGUUACAUUUGUUAAGCCAAGAAAAUUGUUUUGUGUGUUUCAUUUUAUUAAAUAUACUGUCAAUUAUUAAAUCUUGA